CUUGUACGCGUUCCCUUAUAUUUUAAAGACAACACUCACAACCUUUCAUCACACACUAACACAAAUUCAACUCUUUCUGUUGCUUCUACUUCUAGCUAAACUAAACUUCAAAGAAACAAAAAAAAAAAAAAAAAAAAUGUAUCCAGAUAGACAACAAGGUGGUGGAGGAGCACCACACGGUAUUCUUCUAGCAGUGGUGGUAGCUAUAGUGGUCAUAGUUCCUUUUCUUCUCGGAGAUCAAGGAGAAGCCAUCACAGAAGCUAUAUCGGAGCUACUGAGUCCACUCGGUCUUCUUCUUCUACCAAUCAUCCUUCUUCUCACGAUUCAGUUUCUCUCCUCUGAACGUGGAUCUUUCGUCUCCGCCAUUUUCUCCACCGGUGAACCUGAUACUAUUCAUCGUGUUAGUGGAUCACCGUUCGGUGUUGCUCUAUUCCUUGUUCUCAUUCUUGUGCUUUUGUAUAACCGUUUUUCGAUCUUCGGUGGUGAUGAUUCAGAUGACUGAAAACAACUCUACUUGUUUUCUUUUUCUAGUUUCUAGAUCUGACUUUAAGCUUUAUUUAUUUCUGAAAGCGCACUAUUCUAUAUGUUAUCAGUUAUUGAAGUAUGAAAAUGGAAUUUGGUGUUACAUUAUUAGUACAUUACAUUACUACGAUCUUUUUGUCCGUUUUGGUUUAUAUUCGAUUAUCAAGAGAAAUAAAAUGUUAUACACAG